AUGCCUACCGGUGAGUGUCUCCUUGUACUAUCUUGCUUAAGUCCGUGGCGACCGCGAUGCGUUCAUUUCGAUGCAACGUUGUGGCCAAAGCAAGAAAGCCUCUUCAUCCCGAUUAAUCUCAUUCGAGAUCUCGAUGUUUCUCGUUGUAUCUUCGACUGUUGUGUUGUGGCAUGCUUGGUUCGCUUCCUGACGCGCUUUGGGCUUGAGCGUGUCGGACCGGGGACUGACGAGUUAUUUUCUCCUCCUCCCUUAGGAAUUCGCCGUCAUGAACCAUCAGUACUCAUCGAAGGCGUAUUGUUCCGGGCCCGGUAUUUGGGAUCAACGCAGCUAGUUUGCGAGGGUCAGCCGACUAAGGCGACGAGGAUGAUACAAGCCGAAGAAGCAGUAUCCCGGAUAAAGUUCUCCGAUGACGCUGCGCGCUCGCACUCAUUUCGAGUCAGUGGUAGUUUCCGUUCUCGUCGAGUCGAUCUGGUGUCAACACUUGCCACUCGAACCUCGCGGGAUUUUAGGAGUGUCCUGACCUUUCCGAACCCGAGCUUGUGA